AGCUCCGGCUGUCCUGGAACUUGCUCCGAAGACCAGACUGGCCUUGAACUCCCAGAGCUCCGCCUGCCUCUGCCUCCCAGGCGCUGGGAUUAAAGAUUAUCAUGAAGAAACUCCAAGCAUCUGUGAGGAGUCACAAAAAGCAACCAGCCAACCACAAGAGAAGGAGAACACGUGCCCUUAGCAGCAGCCAGGCCAAGCCUUCCAGCCUGGAUGGCCUGGCCAAGCAGAAGAGAGAGGAGUUACUGCAGGCCUCUGUCUCCCCAUAUCAUCUCUUCAGCGACGUGGCCGAUGUCACAGCUUUCCGAAGCAACUUGCUCAGCUGGUAUGACCAAGAGAAGCGUGACCUCCCUUGGAGAAACUUGGCAAAAGAAGAGGCCAACUCGGACAGGAGGGCCUAUGCUGGUCAGUACAAAGGCUGCUUUGCCUGGAAGUCCUUGGGUUUAGGGGUUGUUCUUACGUUUGAGGGCUAAGAGCUUGGAGCCAGGGUACGUUAGCAGUCCUCUCACAUUAAUCCCCCUUCCCCAGUGUGGGUGUCAGAGGUUAUGCUGCAGCAGACCCAGGUUGCCACAGUGAUCGACUAUUAUACUCGAUGGAUGCAGGUGAUGUUGGGGAGGGAGGGAGAGUUGACUAGACCCCAGAAAAGGCUUCCUCUAUCACCCCCAUUCUUGACCUUACUUCUUUUUUUUUGUUUGUUUGUUUUUUCGAGACAGGGUUUCUCUGUAUAGCCCUGGCUGCCCUGGAACUCACUCUGUAGACCAGGCUGGCCUCAAACUCAGAAAUUCACCUGCCUCUGCCUCCCAAGUGCUGGGAUCAAAGGUGUGCGCCACCACACCUGGCUUUUGACCUUACUUCUUUUUGCCUGUCUUGGGUUUACAGAAGUGGCCAAAGCUUCAAGACCUGGCCAGCGCUUCCCUGGAGGAGGUGAACCAGCUCUGGUCUGGCCUGGGCUACUAUUCUCGAGGCCGUCGGCUACAAGAAGGAGCUAGGAAGGUGGUAGAGGAGCUAGGAGGCCAUAUGCCACGUACAGCAGAGACCCUACAGCAGCUCCUGCCUGGUGUGGGGCGGUACACGGCUGGAGCCAUUGCUUCCAUCGCCUUUGACCAGGAACUUAGCCCAGCAGCUCGUGGACCCAGCCCGGCCUGGGGACUUCAAUCAAGCUGCCAUGGAGCUGGGGGCUACAGUGUGCACCCCACAGCGCCCUCUCUGCAGCCAUUGCCCCGUGCAGAGUUUAUGCCGGGCAUACCAGAGGGUGCAGCGGGGUCAGCUCUCAGCCUUGCCAGGCCGUCCUGACAUAGAGGAGUGUGCUCUCAACACUAGACAGUGCCAGCUUUGCCUCACUUCCUCAAGCCCCUGGGACCCCAGCAUGGGAGUGGCCAACUUUCCUCGAAAGGCCAGCCGCAGGCCUCCCAGGGAGGAGUACUCUGCCACCUGUGUUGUGGAGCAGCCCGGAGCCAUCGGGGGUCCCCUGGUCCUCCUGGUGCAAAGGCCUGACUCAGGUCUGCUGGCAGGACUGUGGGAGUUCCCAUCUGUCACCUUGGAGCCCUCAGAACAGCAUCAGCACAAAGCCCUUCUGCAGGAACUGCAGCGCUGGUGUGGGCCCCUCCCUGCCAUUCGUCUCCAGCACCUUGGGGAGGUUAUCCACAUCUUCUCUCACAUCAAACUGACGUAUCAAGUAUAUAGUCUGGCUCUAGAUCAAGCCCCAGCGAGCACUGCACCUCCUGGCGCUCGAUGGCUGACCUGGGAGGAAUUCUGCAAUGCAGCUGUGUCUACUGCCAUGAAAAAGGUGUUCCGCAUGUAUGAGGACCAUCGGCAAGGGACCCGCAAGGGUUCAAAAAGGUCCCAGGUGUGUCCUCCAUCAAGCAGGAAAAAACCCAGCCUGGGACAGCAAGUCCUGGAUACUUUCUUUCAGCGUCAUAUCCCCACAGACAAACCCAACAGUACUACCCAGUGAUACUGGGAUUCCCUACCCAAAAUCCAGUCUAAUAAAGUGCUUAUUUUUGUAGUCCUUUG